GCGUCCGCUAGUCGACGAGCUAAAUGGGUUGAUGGAUAAUGGCAUUGUAAUAGCCAAUAAGCCAAUCGAAAUACACGUUAGAGCUUUCAUCGCGGACUCACCAGCACGAGCAUUCAUAAAAGGUUCAGUUUACUUCAACCACACACAUGGUUGCCAAAAAUGUACGGUGCAAGGAAAAUAUCACAGCGCACACCGAGUUACAUGUUUCCCGGGAAUGGAUCAUCCAGCAAGAACGCAUGAAGAUUUCGUCCAAUCAAAUUAUGGAGCACAUCAUCGGGAAAAAACGCCUCUCAUGGAUCUUAAGAACUUUGACAUCAUAAAGCAGAUUAUUAUAGCAGAUCGUUUGCACCUCUUUGACUACGGCGUAACAAGAACAAUGCUGAAAGGAUGGAAAUCAGGCAAAUUAGGAGGGGUGCCAAGUGGUCUGAAGACACAAUAAGCAAGAUUGAUGCUUUGCUGAAGGAGGUGGAACUUCCUUUAGAGUUUCAUCGCAAACUCCGUUCUGUUGAAGACAUUGGAUUGUGGAAAGCUAGUGAGUUCCAAAUGUUUCUACAUUACGCGAGUUUUAUCGUUUUGAAGGAUGUAUUAACAGAUGUACAGUAUGACCAUUUUAUGAAAUAUUACUGUGCGGUAACAUUGUUAUCAUCCGAAGUGUAUAAGAAUGAUUGGCUUGAGGCGAAAUGCUUGCUAAAAGAGUUCGUUUUAGACUAUGGUGUUAUCUACGGGGAACAUUGCAUCACCAGCAAUAUACAUAGUUUGUUGCAUGUGUAUGAUGAUGUAGACAAAUUCGGCCCGCUUUACACCAUUUCAUC